AUGCAUACGUCACCCAUUGAGGCGUACUUCACUAAGGGAGCGUCUUUAAAGUUGACCUCUGACCUGAGCCCGGAGGUGAUGGCGGCCGUGGCAGGCGGCCACGCGCGGCGCGUCCUGUCCUCCCUGAACCAGCAGCGGGCGGCGGGUCGGUUCUGCGAUGCGGUUCUGGACGUGGGGGACGGGGCUCCCCGCCUGGCGCACCGCUGCCUCCUGGCCUGCUUCAGCGAGCUGUUCGGACGCUCCGGCGCCGCCCCGGAGCCGGACCUGGACCUCCAGGGCUGCCCGGGCGCCGGCCUGGAGCUGCUGCUGAACUUCGUCUACACCGGCGAGCUCAAGCUGGACGCCGACAACCUGGACACGGUGCAGAGGGCCGCGUCCAGCCUGCGCGUGCCCGAAGCCCUGGCCCUCUGUCAGCGGUUCAGGGACAAGUCCGCGCCGCCUCUGGUUUCCAAGGGGAAAAGAGGCAGGCCCAGGAAGUGCGCGUCGGACGAAAAGCCUCUCAAAGAGGAGAGCUCGGCUCCGGCCGCGGAGGAUGAGUCCGGCCUCGACGCCGUUGCCACGACGACGCGCUCCGGCCGGGUGGUGAAGGGCCCCAGGCGGCUGCUGGCGGCGGACGGAAGCCCCGCCACUAACGGCAAAAGAGCCCCGCUUACCAAAGCCGCUGAAGACGGUUUAAACCCAGAUCGGCCAGCCGCCGAAACCGAGGUCGACACACUGGACAACGGCGUUCUCCAGGCCUCCGGAGACUCGGCGGCCGAAGAGGGCGACGAAGGACCGGACGGCGAGGACGCGGCCGGAGACACCGAUGACGAGUAUCUGCCGCCCGCCGAGUCCAGCUCCCCGGCCCCGUCCGCCCCGGCAACGGUUCCGAGCAAAGCCAACAAACGCCCCAGAAACGACGGCGCCGCAGACGACCCCAACAAAGACUCCGUGCAGUGUCCCACCUGCCACAAAUCCUUCAAGAGCAAAUACUACCUCAAAGUCCACAACAGGCGGCACACAGGGGAGAGGCCCUUUGGAUGUCUUAAGUGUGGGAAGAGGUACUUCAGGAAGGAGAAUCUCUUCCUGCACGAGACCAGAGACUGCGCCCGGGUGCAGACGUACACCUGUCGCACGUGCUCUGAGGCCUUCGGCACCAAAGAGGAGCUGCGGCUUCACAUGGUGUCCCACACCGGAGAAAUGCCCCACAAGUGUUCAACAUGCAGCGAGCAGUUCAUGUAUAAGAAGAACUUGACCAUGCACAUGAUGAAGGUUCACUGUCAUCCCAAACCACACGCAUGCCCGCUGUGCCCCAAAACCUUCCUGACCCGCACCGAGAUGCGCGUGCACGAGGCCGCCAAACACCGGGGCGAGAAGCCCUUCGUGUGCGAGGAGUGCGGCCACCGGGCGUCCAGCCGCAACGGCCUGCAGAUGCACAUCAAGGCCAUUCACAGGAACGAGCGGCCCUUCGUCUGUAACGUGUGCGGCCACGCCUUCUCCCAGAAGAACAACCUCAACAUGCAUCUGCGCGUCCACAGCGGGGAGAGACCCUUCCAGUGUCACCUGUGCGGGAAAACCUUCAGGACCCAAGCCAGCCUGGAUAAGCACCAGCGGACGCACACGGGCGAGCGGCCCUUCGGCUGUGACGUGUGCGAGCAGCGCUUCACGGAGAAGGGCGCCCUGCUCCGCCACAAGGCCAGCAAGCACGAGGAGGGCCGCCCGCACUGCUGCCACAUCUGCGGCAAAACCUUCAAAGCAAAAGAGCAGCUGCGCGUCCACCUGCGCCGUCACAGAGGCACCAGGAACUUCGAGUGCAUCGACUGUGGCUACAAGUUCACUCGGCAGGCCCAUCUGCGCCGACACAUGCAGAUCCACAAACGCACCGAGAACUACAACCCGCGCCAGAGGAAGCUGAGGAACAUCGUGGUGCAGGACGUGGACGACGGGGGCGGGGCCGAGGACGAGGGCGCCAAGCCGGCUAGUCCCGCCUCGGGGACGGUCAGUCCAGCAUCCGGCUGCGUGAUGCGAGUGGCCAUCCAGCCGGCCGGCGCGGGGACGGAGGAGGGGGCCGAGACUUUCUCCGUCCCCGAGGAGCUGCAGCAGACGGAGCUGGUCGGCGAGGCCUACCAGUCCACCAUAGACAUGGAGUAAAUCGGGGAGAACCAAUCUGAGAGGAAGACGUCCACCUCUCUUCGUCCACCCACGAUCCCUUUACCAAGAUAGUGAAAUUGUGAAAAUGUGGUUUAAAUGAGCUGAAGUGGACGUUGAUGAUCAAAUCGUGCACCUCUGAGCUCGAUAGCAUGAAUGAACCGCAUGCUUUUAAUGCUGCUGCCUACGAGGAAAAUACAUUUUUCGGUUUGUUUAAAAAAAAAACGAUCAUAAAUAUCAAAGGACACAGACAUAAGCAGAUUCAGUCUAGGCAAGUAGUUAUUCUUCAUCAGUGGGUGAUGCUGAACAGGAUUGCAUUGACAUUUUUUCCUCCAUU